CACCGGGGUUCAUGACACAACAUUGACAACAACAGCUUGAUUAGGUCGCGCGUGGUUGGAGGAACUGUUCUGGCGCUGGCAGCAGAGCCAGUAUUCCAGGUUUAAAUUGAACCAAAUUCAAAUGACCAUGGGUAGAGAUAUAAAUCCUCUUCUGCCUGUUGCGCAGAUAGUUCUUUGCAGAAAUGGAAGAUAACUCUUGCUCAAGGAUAGAGUCUAGACGGCUGGAGAUACGACAUCCACAAAAAAGCGGGCAAAUUUAGAAUAGCAUAAAUUAAAUAUAAAAUGAAAUUCGACCGAGCUCUUCCGUGUAGGUUGUUGUCGAUUUAUUAUCUAUAACACGUUAUGUAUAAGUAGGCUAAGGGAUUUGCAACUUUUUGCACCUAUAUAUUUUUACCAUCGUCAAGACAAAAUAGAUCUUCCCGCUAUUUCUGGAAUUUAACCAUUAUGGAAACGUACAUAGACGUCCUACUUGUCACCGCCAAUGUUGGAUCAUUAUUCGACAAUGUGGCUGAGAUUGAGAGUGACUGGCUCCGUGAAUUAUUUGGGACGGUCCGAAUUCAUAAACCACGCUUCGUCGCCCUACACUUCCAGGAGGUUGGAGGAAAGGACUACAUGGACAAUAUGGGCCAUGCAGAGAACUUCUUCUGGAACAUUGAGUCCAGUGAGGAGAUGAGAGACUUUGACAGGGUCUGCGUCUAUGUGGACAACCACUUUAAGAAUGUAGACAGCUUCACAGCCCUUGGAAGCAUGUACUUCAUCCACAAGUCAUUGAAAAACAUCUACCAAUAUGAUUUUAAUGUUAAGGAUUUUAAAGCAGUGUCUGGACACAAGUAUGUGGGCUCCCUGGAUGGGGUAACCACAGUGGAGAAAGAAAAAUUUGUCAAGAAUUUCUGGCCUGAUUUCAAAUGGUCUAGGAAGGGCUUCAUGAGGACCCGUUGGAUCAUUCACAACCAGGGUCUUGACCUAAUCAACGUACACCUUUUCCAUGAUGCCUCCAACCUCAUCGCCUGUAAUGCCAGCCCUUCCAUCUACUCGGCCAAUCGCCAGAAGGCCCUCAGAUAUGUCAUAAACAGGAUAACAGACAGCAGCUACACCCCACUUCCCUUCUUCCUGUUUGGGGAUUUCAACUUCCGUCUGGACACACUUAGCCUGGUCCAGAAUUUGUCUACUUCAGCAGAGGUGCAGACCGUGAUGAAGGACUGCAGUAAUGAUGUGGAGAAAAUAAUCUGUGAGGAGAAGGACAAUGAGCACAAGGUUCUUCUCCAUAUUGAGACCAAGAUGUUUGCCUACCUGCACCAGGCAGUGUUCAGAGAGGACAAUGGCAGAGCGCUUUUGAAGUAUGACAAGGAGAUCACAGCCUUUCAUGAUGUCAUUACAGAGGAGGAAAUCCUGUUUCCGCCCAGUUACCCCUACAGUGAGGACUACACUAAACCCACCCAGUACAUGAACACUCGCUGCCCCUCCUGGUGUGACCGUAUCCUGAUGUCCCACACGGCUAAAGACGUCAUCCACAGGAGCAAUGAUGGAGAAAGCAGAGUGGUUUACAACGCACUGGGCCCUAAUGUCUGCAUGGGAGACCACAAGCCUGUGUUCUUGUCUUUUGCACUGAAGACAAAUGGCCAUUGACAAGGAUCCCUCUGAAUGGUAAAUCCCACUGCGGUCGCCAUAACACACCAUAACCACUACGCUGUCUGUACCACUGAAGAAACAGCCGUUCAUGGCUGGCCAUAGGACCCAGUCUGGAACGUGUCAUUUUCCACCUAACCAAGUUUCUCACCAAUUCUGCUCCUCUUACUCCAAGUUAUUGAUUGCCUUGGCUUGGGUGACAUCACCACAGAUUUGAUCAUCAGCAUUAUGGAUUUUCUCUCUGGACGAUUUGCUCUGGCCUGCGCUUGGCCAUUUAUCUUAAAAUGUCUGACCCUAAAAUGUGCACCAAGAUGCACAGGUAUUUUCUGAGAGGGCUUUGUUCAGUGAUGAACUGAUGACAGUGAGGAUGAAACCGUAGCGGAUUGCUAGAUGGAAUAGUAUGAACUUCAAGAAAAUAUACUUCAUCCAACUUGGACUACAAAUGCUUAGGCCAUUGUUAUGUUAUGGUGGACACACAGACACCAUGCAAAGAAAAUACUCUUACUUCAGCUUAUCAAAUGGUUUUCAAUUGUCAAGGGUUUACGAAGAAGUAUUGACCUUCAUUCCAUCUGACAUUCCUAAAUGGAAUAUGCAUGCAUGCUAUUAAGUUGUAUUUUUGUCAUUUACUACCUAUUUAUUUCUUACUGUAACGGUUUAGCUGUCAACUAUAAAUACAGUAUAAGCAUGCCAAAAGCAAACAUGUAGAAACACAAUCCAAUGCUGCUACAGUAAUUGAAUGCACUGUCAGAAUAAAACCGUAGCAUAAUACACAUUUCUCUCUGCAUUAUCUUGUAUAGUCAUCUGUUAAUAAUGUACGGUUCAGCAUUACAUACAUACUAUCUAUCCCAGGUCAUAUUUGAAAAAUCGACUUGAAUCAACAAAAUGCUUGAUUUUUUCCCCAUAAUGCCAUGUUGAGCUCAUUUUUCCUAACCACCUUCUGUUGCAGUGCUGUUGUUAUAACUCAGCUUAAAUCAAUAAAAUAUUAAAAAAAGACCAGUGGUGAGGACAGAUUCGUGAUAGGCACCCAACAGGUCAGUAUGAAAUAUGGAAAUGUGGCCCCUUCCCAUCGGACUUCUGCCUUGGAUUCUCUCAGACUCUAAAAUAUAACAUCUAGCUACAUGAAUGCUGAUGAUCACUGAGUUCUGCCUACCUGAAACCACAGUCUGCUGGGUAAAAUCUCUGCUGGGUUGUAUAUUGACAUUAUGGGGUUGGCCUAUGCAUUGUGCAAACAUGGUAAAACUGUACGUUUAUUUUAAUCAGUCGGACACCAGAGAAGACAUUGGUCGCUAAUGCCUAUUUCAGCUUCUUUUAACAGUCCGUUAAAUGUGAAAAAAAAUGUAUGUUCAACAACAGUCAAUAUCACCUCAGAAAAACACCAACCUUGGCCCGAUCAGUUACUGAUGUAUUUUGAUAUUUCUUACUCCUUUAUUUAAGAAAACAUGAAAGCUGGCAUUUAUUUAUUGCCUGUGACAAACAGAUGUGUUGUUAUCUUUAUUCCACAAAGUAUGGCUGAGUCAUUUUAAGUAGCUCCGAGUUUCAUAAAUGCUUGCUGUGCUUUUUUUUUUUUGGAAAUAAUUUAUGAAUGCGCUAAUAGGUCUGUAUCUUGUUUAUGAUAUUCUUCUUUUGUUAUGCAUGUGGGCUCUCUUCCAUUGUUUCAUAAUGCAUCAACUGCUUGUCAGUUUGUUACUGCUAUUAGUUUUGCCAUAAUCAACAAUAUUGUGUUCACUUUACCCCCCUUUUAUAUAAUAUGAAUGUAUCUGACAUGGAUGUCUCAUACCCAGUCACAAGGGCGUGCACACAUAAGCACAUCCACACACAUGCUUAUACACAAACACAAAGGUCACAACAUUUUAAACUUGAAGCCUAUAUGUUAUUUUAGUUGUAGUUAUUUUAUUAUCUCUUGUUUUAUUUGAUUAGUGUUGGCUAUCUUGUCUGCACACUAAACACUAUCCCAAAGCUGAAAAUGUAUUGACCGUAAACAUUUAAAAUGUAUGGUUUCUUGAAAAUUGAACUCAAUCUGCUUUUAUGUAAAAAAAGAUUUAUACUGAUAUGACAAGGAUUCAUUAAUUCAAAUGUGUAGAUUAUCCUUUUAAUUUGGAACUACAAAAAUGGGCUUAAUUGUGUUCAAAUCAAUAAUAUGUAUUGGUGCUUGUGUGGAAAGUGCAAGGCCCACUUGUCAAUAAUAUCCUUGUAGUAGUUGAUUAAUGGUGUGGUCAACAUAAUUUUCUUGCACCAGGGAACGUUUUAGCUUUGGAUUUUGAAACUGGGGGCAGAAGUAUUUUUAGAUUGAGUGAACUAAUGUUGUUUGUCAGGUUUUCUGGUAGGUCACCAAAAAACACUACAUUCUUGUAAUUACUCUAGUUGACAUAUGUGAAUAAAUGUUGAUCACUGAA